UGGAACAGAGUGAGGCGAACGCCGAUUGGGUGGCUCGGCCCAGGAGGGCAGAACAGAGGCCCGCGGUUCAUACUACGUACGAAGGGCAAAAAGGAGAUCCGGUACGGAGGCCGGGGGAUUCCAGCGGAGGAAGGUCUCGGGACUUCUUGGAAAAGGGGUCCGGACUCGAACCUGGGACCUUCGAGCAAGCAGUAGCUGCUGCAGAUCUUAAAAAGUAUCUGAGGCCAACUGGGUGACAAAGGAAAUCUAUUUAGCAACUGUCUUUAAUCUUUCUAAAAAGUACUUAGUGAAAACUGCUGAAAGUCUCCUUGGACCGAAGGGAAAAUCUGUUCUGUCCAGGCUGUGUUGUCCAGCAGCCUCCUGCCCAGCCCGGGGCAGGAUUUUUAUUUUGUUCAGAGAGAGACAAUGGCAGCAGCCAAGGCUAGCCUUGGCCGGAUCCUCCCAGAGUCCUCCGCCCUGUUCCUAUGUGACAUGCAGGAGAAACUUCGAGACAGAGUCCUCUACUUCCCACAGAUCGUCUCAAUGGCGGCUCGGAUGCUUAAGGUGGCCCGGAUAUUAAACAUCCCUGUCUUACUGACAGAGCAUUACCCACAAGGCCUGGGCCCCACAGUCCCUGAACUGGGUGCUCAGGGCCUGCGAGCCAUGAGCAAAACAUCCCUCAGCAUGGUACCCCCGCUUCAACAGGAACUGGACAAAAUGCCCCAGGUGCAGUCCGUGCUACUCUGUGGCAUCGAGACCCAAGGCUGCAUUUUGAACACAGCUCUGGACCUCCUGGACCGAGGGCUACAAGUUCAUGUCGCAGUGGAUGCCUGCUCUUCUCAAAGUGAGAUGAACCGGCUGAUGGCACUGUCCAGGAUGAAGCAGAGUGGUGUCUUCCUGUCCACUAGUGAAAUGCUGAUUCUCCAGCUUUUGAAGGAUUCUGCCCACCCACAGUUCAAGGAGAUUCAUAAGAUCCUCAAGGAACCAGUCCCAGACAUCGGACUGUUAGGCUUCUUCCAAGGCAAGAACAACUCCCUGUUGCCCAACUCCAGGCCCUGACUUGAAGGAAGCACCCACCCUCCUUGUCACCAAGACAUUGAUGGAUGACUUUUCCUUCAUCCCUGGAUCCCAAGAGUGGUGCAGUCCGCCAGGAGAACCGCCCCCGUGGGAGAGGAGGCGGGGUUAUGUCUUCCGAUUGGGCAGCUGGCCCCGGAAAUGCAAAUGAGAUUCCUUGAUGCUGGGUGGGAAUUGGUUUAGAGAAAGGUGGAGGUGGGGCUGGGCCCCGGGCCUAUUCACGAAGCGGGAAAAGGAGGGGGAACGAAUGUCACAACUGGGACCCGGUCUCGGAGAAUAAACAUUUAUGUGACUGAG